UGUUGUCGGCAGGAUAGCCAGUUCCUUGGUCUCAUGUUUUGACUGGAGCAUAUGUUUUUUUCAUUUAUUCUUUUAACAUCUACCGACGUUCUCAUGUAAGGAAGUAUGGAUGUAAACGGAGAGGUUAGAAGUUACGUCCUCAGCAAUGUCGCUGAAGUGGUCGAGAGGAUCUUGAGUUUUGUUCCAACCAAAUCACUUCUCCGGAUGUCGAGUGUAUGCCGACUUUGGAGAAAUUGUGCACAACGUGUGCUUCGCACUCAACAGCAGUUGACUUGGUUAUCAUCGUCAGGGUCCUACCGCUACCACGAUGGCCAUCUACUUCUCCAAACGCUUUCUGAGGAACUAGAGAACAUUUACUUGCUCCCUCGGACAGCGUUGCUGAUGGUAGACAGCGAGAACUUCACCUCACCUGAAUGCUGCUAUCAACAGAAGAAAGCACGACGAAACAACAGUGAAGAUCCUGAUUUUUCAGAACUUCUGAAGGUACUACUGCCAAACAACUGUGAGACUGUUGGCGUCGCCACCCCUGGAAUCAUAUUGACCCCUACAGGCUUCCCUGGUGCCCCACCUGAAGAGCAUGAAGAUGGACAGGCUGGUUUUGCACUCCUCCUUCCCCACAUAGAGGGGCUCAGAGUGAGGCCAUUCCACUUCUGCAAGCACACACUCAACAACAGAGCUUUGGAGCACGCAGGUCUUGUUGGAAACCCUGACUUGAAGGUUGUGCUGCUCUUUGGAUAUAUGGCGUUUAAGUCCGGAGCGUCUCGCUUCCUGAAUCAGCUACUGGAGCCCCUCUCACAUACCAAUGCCCUGAUCGCAGGUGGUCAUGUGGAGAAGGCCUUUUGCCCACACAGAGAAUGCUGUUCUGCCGGGGCGUACGGGGUGGUGGGUUUGGCGCUGAGCGGCUCUGGUGUCCAGGGAGCAUCUGUGUUGCUGGAACAGGAGGUCAGUAGCGCGGCCGCAGCCGAGGCCACGUUGCAGCGUCUGAAGGCCGCCAACAUUCCGGAGCGCAACACUGUCGGGCUGAUGUUCGCCUGCGUCGGCCGCGGACACAACUACUACAGCAACCAGCGAAAUGUGGAGGCGGCAGCCUUCCGGAAAGUGUUCCCCAACAUACCGCUCUUUGGGUUCUUUGGAAACGGCGAAAUCGGUUGUGACCGUAUUGUGAAGGACAACUACACGCUUUCCCACACAGACACAGACGGAUUGCAACACGGCUACACCACGGUCAUGAGUCUUGUGCACCUGGGGUAGGGACGUAUAAUGUAGUGAGAUGCAUAGUCUGAUCUCGUACCAUAGGCAAGGCUGUGGGACCAAUGGUUGGCUUUCAAAGUGUUGUCGUUGGCGUUGUUAAACUGUUGUCAGCCCAUUCAAAUGACCUGCCACACAGAUUAAAAAAUGCACAGAGCGUUGUAAUUAGAGGAAAGAGUCAGGCCAGAUUCUUGGCCCAGCUACGAUUAUCCCCCUAUAGUGCUAGGCUAGACCAAAUCACCAGCCAAAAAAAACAGAUUCUGCUGGUAUGGUUGGUCGAGUUUAGUAGGCUUAGGAGGGACACAAAGGUUUCUUUACAAUAUCCUAACUCCCGUCCUCCCCAAGUGCUUGUGGCCUUGUUAUGAUGUUGCAAGACGUCACUGAUGACAGAACAGUUUAAUUCAAUAUCUCGCAAAAGCGCAAUUGAAAGGACAUUUUCUCAUUUGCAAUCGGGAUGUUGAAAGGGGAAUAGUCUCCCAAAAGUUGUGGCUAAGUUGACAGCCGACAAACUUUCUGGUUUUCUCCAGAGGCGGGGAAUCACAUCAAGGACGAGGCCACUAGCACACGAGAGUCAGGAUAUUGGAAAGAAGUCAAACUCUUCUGUUUCCAAUGUAUUAUCUUCAAAUUCCAAGUCAACUGGUAUAUGGGGUUUGUGUCUGACUGUUUUUGUAUGUUUGAUUACAGGACUUGUAGAAGAAGGAAAAUCCGCACACUGCUGCUGCUCACUGAUUUAUUCAACACAACGUUUCAACCUUAAACUAUCUGACUAAGGUUGAAACAUUGUGUUGAAUAAGUCGGAAAGCAGCAGUAUAUGGAUUUCCCUUCUUCUUCUAUGUAUCUUUGUUUUAUCCAGUACCUGUUUUUCUGGAUGUGCACUUCUUUUGACUACAGGACUUAACACGAUUUGAAUCGUACUUGUAAUCAGAUGUUAUUCACUUUGAUAUUACAUUUAAAAUGGCAAGUUGUAGAUAACUGGGAAAUGAAUGACUACCCAGACCUAAAUGCUUAGUUUGCUUUUUCAGACAGUUUUGGAUACCAGUCAGUAAUCUAAACAAAUGAAGAAUCAACAUGCAUACAACUCUGACAUGAAACAAAUAGUGAAAAUAAAUCAUGUGUAUUUUA